GCCACUUGGCACCACGUUGCGGCUAACUUUCCUCGCCGUGGCCAUGGGGCAGCAGCAAGCCACGCUCUGCCGCUCCGAGUGUGCUGCAGCAGAUGUGUCCACCGAGUUGUUGGAGUCGGGCCCUCCGCUGAUCAUUGCCGCGCCGGGGCUCGAAAAGAUGGGUAAAGACUUGGCCAAGAAGCUUGGCUCGGCAUCUCAAGAUAUUGCCGCCGUGGAUUGGGACAGCUUUCCUUCCGGCGAUCCAAACAUUCGAUUUCGUUGGCAAGACGUGCAAGGUCAACACGUUGUUUUCCUCUUCGACACGGUGGAUAGGUCGAAGCUCUUCGAGCAGCUAGCGUUGCUGCAACAGUUGCAAGGUUUUCCUUUGCCUGAUUCUGACGACAGUCCACGAAAGUGGAAGACCUAUGCGCAGGAAGGUCGCUACACCUGGGGCCGAGCACAUCGAAUCACCGUGGUGUUGCCAUGGUAUCGACCCUGUCAAAUGGAACGCACGAGUCGUUGGGAGGCGCUGGAGGAUGGAGCCUGGACCAAUGGUGCUCCUGAAGGCCGUUGGUUGGACAUCCCUUUCGCCCAAAGUCUGGCGGCACUGCUGGCAGCGCCGGCGCCCAAUCCGCCCGGCAAGGGGCCUGCCCUGGCGUUCGACUCGCGGCCAUUGGAGCCACUCUGGCGUCCCCCCGUGACCUUGUUCUUCGUGGAACUCCACGAGGAGGCGCCGGUGCGCUCAGCCGUCGCGGGCAGCACGGUGGCAAUCCGCAUGGAACGCUUCGUGCCGUUCUUCUUGUCGAAGUUUGGAGAUCAAAAGAGUUACCCGGGCAGAGCGCAGCUGUUUGUCCUGUUUCCCGACCAUGGUGCCUACCUUCGCUACUUCGCGAGCGUCAAGGAGGUCUUGCGAUUGGAGGAUGAUCAUAUCCUCUACAUCAACAAGACCAGGGUGGGAGAUAAGAUCAAGCAGGAGCAGAAGUUGUACUACCAGAAGCCUUCAGGCGAAGCCGAUCAACGAAGCCACUUUAAACGUGGGCAGCACGUGUUGAUCAUCGACGACUUCACCAACUCCGGCAGCACUUUGUUCGGCGCCGUGAGUUUGGUACGAAGUUUGUUAACGAGCGAGUCCGGCCAAGCGUUGACGGCAGAAGAACAAAAAGAAGCUUUACCGGUGUCCAUCUUUGUGAGUCACCUGGUGGCGGGCUAUCAGGAGUCCACUGUGGCGAAGAUUCGACAAAAGCUCCAUGAUCUAGGCAGCUGUCGCUUCUACACCACCGACAGCAUCCCCUCGACAACACAACACCUGGCAGAUGAGCCGCAGGCGGAGGUGCUCUCCACUGCCGAUUUCCUCAUCGACCACGUGAGAUGACGAAAAACGAGAUAUGCACCUGGUUGCAGGUGACAACGUUUGCCUCUGCAGUUCCGUGUGCAGCCUUCCUCCAAUCAGAGCUUGGAAAGAUUAACUUGAUGUAGGGAUGGGUCAAAAC